GGGUGGCGGUUGGUUUGGUUUAUCGCGAAGUAAAUACAUGUCUAUUAUAACUGUCCAAAUUGGACAAUGCGGAAAUCAACUCGGUUGGGAAUUGUUCAAUUCGAUUGCUCAAGAGUCUCUAACGGAUGGACGAAGUAAUUUCAAGACGAAAGAGGCCCAUUUUUUAAAUGAAAGAUUUUUUCACAUAUGUGACGAUGCAAAUAAAAUUGUUGCAAAGGCAAUCCUUGUGGAUACAGAACCUAAGGUUAUACAAGAGUUGAAUCUUAAGACAGAAAAGAAUACUUGGUGCUAUAAUAAAGAUAAUAUUUAUCUACAACAACAAGGAGCUUCCAAUAACUGGGCUUAUGGAUAUAAUAAGCAUGGAAAUACUGCUAAAGAUGUGGUUCUUGAUUUAUUUCAAAAAGAAAUUGAGCGAUGUGACUGGGUAUCAGGAUUCCUACCAAUUAUGUCUCUAGCUGGAGGAACAGGUAGUGGUUUGGGAGCAUUUUUAACUGAAGUUUUACAAGAUAAUUAUCCAAAAUCAAUUAUAUUUAGUCAGGUUGUUCACCCUUUUAAUAAAGGAGAAGUGACUGUUCAGAGUUAUAACACAAUUCUUAGUCUAAGUCAUUUGCAGAAUUCGUCUGAUGGAAUAGUUUUGUACAAAAAUGAUGAUUUACACAAAGUUUGCACUCAAAGAAUGUCAAUAAAAAAUGUUUCCCUUCAACAUCUUAAUAAAAUAAUUGUCCAGUCUCUGGCAGGACUUUUGUUUCCUUCUUACAAUAAUUUAGGUGUCACCACAAAUAUUGGUGAUUUGAUGGCUCAAUGUGUCUCACAUUCUCAGUAUAAAUUACUUGAUUUAAUAUCUGUUCCUCAAGAAUCUGUGGAUUCAUUAUCAUUUAGUUCUUAUAGUUGGCAAGGACUGCUGAAAAGUUUGCAAAGAAUGUUAUUUUAUGGUUCUUCAAUUGAUGAAGCAUCAACACCUACAGAAAUGAAGGAGAACAGGAACUCUCAAUCCUUUUUAUCAAAUUUACUGGUAUUGAGAGGUUCAGAUGCUCACUUGGCGGAUUCGUCCGUCUUUCAACAUUCCAUUUCCUAUAGCUCUUGGGUGCCGACAAAUCACCGAUUCGACACGUGGACUCAUUUGCGACCCCUUCUGGGACACGACAAGAUGGCCACGUUGGCCAGCAACGGUCAGUUUAUACUGUCGACCAUUCAACACUCAUUGAAUAAAGCGUGGAAUAUGUUUGCCGCCAAAGCGUACCUUCAUCACUAUCGUCGUUACAGUUUAAUGGACGAGGAUUUUGUCGAAGCAUUCGCCCGGGUGGAGCAGAUCGUUGCCAAUUACAAAUCUCUCCAUUGAAUUUACGUAAACUUUAUUUAUGUAUAUAUAAAUUAGUCAAAUGAUCGUUUAUGUUAAUAUGUUGUUCAGUAAAUUGUCUGAUCAUCUUAUCAAAUGAAUAUUACUGUUUUGAGGAAUUGAUAUAAAAUUCCUUAUAUUAUUAUAAUAAUAUAUGUACAUUUUUGAAAAGUAUUCAAAAUAAAUUAGCGACAAGAUUAUUAAUUUAAAAAAUAU